GCCACUUUUAGAUUCAUAAUUACAAUACAAACAUCGAAUGCAUUAAAAUAAAUAAUGUUCUGUUUCACAUGAAGAGGACAUCAGCUUCUAUAAAAACUAAAAUAGGAAUCAUGCUCCAUUUCACAUUACAAUAUCUUUGAUGCUUCUUCACACAAGAUAUUCGUAAGAGUAAAAGAAUAGGAACCACAAAAGGUAUAGUCCUGCAAAUGCAAAUCUUCUCACUAGUACAGAGUAUAAGAAUCACUUUAGAUAUAGCCCUGCAAACACAAAUCUUCUUGCUAACGCAAGGUAUUGUUCUUUUUUUUUUUUUGCUUCAAGUAAGUGGAAAGUAUUAGUUCAGAAAUCAGAGUUAAACCUUUAAUUUUGGAAUCUGACCAGUAGAUAGAUCAACUAUAUAUUGAUCUAUAUCUAGUUUGUUUUGGUGAGUGUUAAGAGAGUAUUCAAACAAUCUUUGAACCCUUGAGAGAUCCUAAGGCUUUGUGAAAAAAGUGAAGAAAGAAUGGCAGAGAUCGCUGUAUCCUUUCUGAUUGACCAACUAAAACCCUUGCUUCAAAAAGAGGCAAGACUUUUAGGUGGUGUUCGGGAAGAAGUUGUGCCCAUCAAAGAUGAAUUGGAUCGCAUGAAGGCCUUCUUGAGAGUUGCCGAUGCCAAAGAAAAGGAUGAUAAACAACUCCAAGUUUUGGUUGAGCAACUGCGAGAGGUUGCUUAUGACACCGAAGACGUUCUUGAUGAAUUCAUGCUCCGGUUGGCGCAUCAUCACGGGGGUGGAUUCUACGGUUUUCUCCAUAAGAUUGCUUGCUCUAUUAAGAGCUUGAAAGCUCGCCAUCAAAUUGCUUCUAAACUACGAAAAAUCAAAGCCAGAUUUGACAAUAUUUCUAAGAGUCUUGAACCAUUUAGAAACAUUGAGCAAGGGUCGAGCUCUGCUGUCAUUGGCGACACAUGGAGUGAUGGUCGAGGUGAUGCACUUCUAAUAGAAGAAGGUCAGCUUGUGGGCAUCGAGGAGCCCAAAAAACAACUGAUUGGUUGGCUUCUUGAUAAUGAUUCUCCACUCAAAGUGGUUUCGGUGGUGGGAAUGGGAGGAUUAGGCAAAACCACACUGGUGAAGAAAGUCUUCGAGAAUGAACAAGUAAAGGCACAAUUCCAAAGCCACGCUUGGAUCACUGUUUCACAGUCAUUCAACAUGGUGGAGCUCCUAAAGAGCAUGAUCAAACAACUCUAUGGUGGAGCAUUGCCCCAAAGAAUGGAGACUACGAAUGACAAUGAGCUGAAAGAAGUCAUCAAAGAAUUCCUCCGGGAACAAAGGUACGUGGUUGUUUUAGAUGAUGUAUGGAGCAUAGGUGCAUGGGAUGGCAUCAAGCAUAUAUUUCCUAACAACAAUUGUGGUAGUUGUGUAAUCGUUACCACUCGUAUACUUGAUGUAGCAAAAGCAUCGUGCUUAGAAUCCCUUGAUUAUAUCUAUGAAAUGAAGGUCUUGUCUGAUGAACAGUCAUGGACUUUGUUUUAUAAGAAGACCUUUAAAGACAAAACCUGCCCUUCGCAUUUAGAAAAUAUCUCACGAGAAAUAUUAAGAAAAUGCGGGGGAUUGCCACUCGCAAUUGUGGUACUAGGCGGUGUUUUGGCUUUGAAGGACACAAGCAGAAUUGAUGAGUGGAUGAUGGUUCAGCGGAAUCUCGGCGGUGAACUAGAAGACAAUGACAAACUUGAGAGGAUAAAAAAAAUAUUCUCUCUCAGUUAUUUUGAUUUGCCUUACUAUCUCAAAAUUUGUUUCUUAUACUUGUGCAUUUUUCCUGAGGAUCACGAGAUUGAAAAGGGGCAAGUGAUUCGACUAUGGGCUGCGGAAGGAUUUGCGCAAGAGAAAGAAAGAAAGUUGGCGGAAGAAGUAGCAGAGGGCUAUUUCAAUGAACUUCUAAAUAGAAGUUUAAUCCAAGUCAUGGAGAAACAAUAUGUUGGUGGACCAAAGAGAUGUCGUAUCCAUGAUCUUUUGCGUGACUUUAUUAUCUCAAAGUCGAGAGAGCUGAACAUUGUAACUCUGGCCAGCGGAAAAGCAAUAUUGUGUCCACAAAAAGUUAGACGGCUAGCACUGCACAACUCCUCAAGAAAUGUAGAAGAAAACAAGUGUUUUGAACGGCUUCGCUCUCUGCUCGUAGUUGGGGAAGUAGAAGGGCUGGACAAUUCAUCUGUAUCUUCGAUCUUAAGAGGUGCUUCUAAGUUACUAACAGUGUUGGACUUAAGAGGUGUUUCUUUGGAGACAUUCCCACCUGAAGUUUCUGAAUUAGUUCUUCUCAGAUAUCUAAGCUUGAGGAAUACAAAUGUGAAAUUCAUUCCAGGAUCAAUUGGAAAGCUUCGAAAUCUAGAAACCUUGGAUUUGAAAUAUGCACUAGUAACAGAGUUGCCUAUCGAAAUAGGAAAGCUUCGGAAACUUCGAUAUCUUGUGGCUGAUUAUUUGGUUGUAGUCCCGGUGGAAAUAGGGAAUUUGUCAUUCCUGCAAAAGCUCAGAUCGAUCUCGGCAGGCGAAGUCAAUGGCAACAUUAUAAUGAGAGAGGUGGGGAAACUUACCCAACUAAAAUCUUUGAACAUUUUAGGGUUGAAAACAGAAGACGGAAAGAUCCUAUGCUCGUCUCUUGAAAAACUGGGCAACCUCCGUACAUUGCUUGUUUGUGCACAAGAACGAGGAAAAUGGAAUGAGUUUGAGUUGCUUGAUCUAAAGACAUUAUCUUCGGGUCCUCCACUUCUACAAAAACUUCACUUGAGAGGACAUCUAGAGGAGACACCACAUUGGAUAGCUUCUCUUCAUAGUCUGGUCUCGGUAAAUCUAAGGGGGAGCAAAUUAAGGGAUGACCACCUACUGCAAUGGCUACAAGAUUUGCCAAAUCUUCAAGUAAUGGUUUUUCAAUUGGAUGCGUAUGUUGGGGAGGAAUUAUGUUUCAAGGCUGGAGGAUUUAAGAGUCUCAAAUAUUUAAGUCUUUUCGUAUUAAAAGAACUGAGAUGGGUGAGAUUUGAGCAGGGCGCCAUGCUUCAUCUUGAAGAGCUAAAAAUUGGGCGCUGUGAUUUGAUGGGGUAUCCAUUUGGAAUCGAACAUCUAACCAACCUUCGAUCAAUUGAGCUAGAUGAAGUGGAUAAAUUAAAGCCUCAGAACUUGUCAGAUAGAGAUAGAGAUGAUGCAUGGGAUGACAACAAACUUGCACACAUCCCUCAUAGGGAUAUCUGGAGUUGCCACAGGACAUAACCUUUGCAUGGACGUCUUCGAAUAA